AUGGGACUCUCUGCCACUGUUCUGUUCUGGGGCUCCCCGGGGCUGCUCCUGGCCUUCGCCCUACACCCAGCCCUCGCCCUGCACCCACAUCGGGACUACUGCGUGCUGGGUGCUGGGCCCGCAGGCCUGCAGAUGGCCUACUUCCUGCAGCGUGCUAGGCGAGACUACGUGGUGUUUGAGCGCAGCUCGAGGCCCGGCAGCUUCUUCCUGCGCUAUCCGCGCCACCGCAAGCUCAUCAGCAUCAACAAGAGGUACACAGGCAAGGCCAAUGCCGAAUUCAACCUCCGUCAUGACUGGAACUCCCUGCUCAGCCAUGACCCCCAGCUGCUCUUCAGGCACUACUCCCGCGCCUACUUUCCCGAUGCCGGGGACAUGGUGCGCUACCUGGGUGACUUCGCAGACAGGCUGGGCCUCCGUGUGCUGUACAACACGACUAUUGCCCACGUCACACUGGACAAGGACGGACAGGCCUGGAAUGGCCACUACUUCAUCCUAACUGACCAGAAGGGCCAGGCAUACCGAUGCAGUGUCCUUCUUGUUGCCACUGGUUUGUCAGUGCCCAACCAGGUGGACUUCCCCGGCUCUGAGUACGUGGAAGGCUACGAGUCUGUGUCCAUCGACCCCGAGGACUUUGAGGGUCAGAACGUGCUGAUCCUGGGCCGCGGGAACUCAGCCUUUGAGACAGCGGAGAACAUCCUAGGCGUCACCAACUUCAUCCACAUGCUGAGUCGCUCCCGCGUACGGCUCUCCUGGGCCACCCACUAUGUAGGAGACCUCAGAGCCAUCAACAAUGGCCUCCUGGACACCUACCAGCUCAAGUCGCUAGACGGGCUGCUCGAGUCUGACCUGGAGGACCUGGCCCUCGUGAAGGACCACGAGGGCAAGCUUCACGUCACUCUGAAGUUCCUCCUGGAGGAAGCCAACCAGAGCGCCGAGGCCAUCGCUCUCCCCCAGGACGACAAUGACAACUUUGCCCUGCGCGUGGCCUACGACCGGGUCAUCGGCUGCCUGGGCUGGAACUUCAACUUCUCCAUCUUCAACAGCUCCCUCAGACUCUCCUCGGGGGGCGCAUUCAGCAAGAAGUACCCACUGGUCAAAGCUAGCUACGAGUCCAAAGGAAGCCGGGGUCUCUUCGUCCUGGGCACCGCCAGUCACUCUGUGGACUACCGGAAAUCUGCGGGGGGCUUCAUCCAUGGCUUCCGAUACACAG